UCCUCCCUACAAAACAAACCUCGCCAUUCCCUCAACUUAUCACUGGUUUUCUGCCUGCUGCCAAGAUGAUCACCACCACAACUGCUGCAUCCCAUCCCUUUUCCCUCUGUGGGCUUGUACUGCUUCUUGCAAUAUUACUCCAGUCUGUCUUUGUUGCUGUCACAUAUAUAUACUUCACUAAUGAACUUAAACAGCUCCGUGAAACCUAUGCCAAGAGCAACAUUGCCUGUCUAACUGGAGAAGAUGUUGGAGAUUUAUUGCGACCCUCGACUUUUGAGGAUGGAUAUGAAAGGAAUGAUCCUUGUUGGGAAAUAAAGUCCCACUUGCACAUUUUAAUCAGAAAGAUUGUUUUGAAAAAUUACAAAUCAGACAACGCAGGUAAUGUUAAAGAAAAGACUCCAUUUGCUGUUUCUCAAAAAGAAGAAUAUCCCGCUGGAGUAAUAGCCGCACAUGUAACUGGAGAUAGUGGGAAAGCUCUCCCCCCGGAAAAUGCCUUUAUUAAGAACUAUAAUGGGCAGAAAAUACAAGGAUGGAAAUCCCACAGGUCUCCCUCUUUUCUAAGCAACGUAGAAGUAGAAAACGGUGAGCUAAUUAUCAGAAAAAGCGGAUUUUACUACAUCUACUCUCAGACAUACUUCCGACAACGUUUCGUUAGGGGAACAGAAGAAAGAAAAGGGAAACAACUAGUUCAACAGAUUUACAAGGUAACGAGCUACCCAGAACCACUUCUUUUAAUGAAAAAUGCUAAAACAACAUGUUGGUCUAAAGAGGCAGAUUACGGGCUACAUUCCAUCUAUCAAGGAGGGGUUUUCAAACUCAAUGAAAAUGACCGAAUAUUUGUCACAGUCAGCGACAUUAAUGUGAUAGAUAUGGAUGAAAACUCAACAUUCAUGGGAGCUUUUUUGGUGGUCUAAAUGAGUGCUGUCCAGCUGUAGGACUGUGGGCCAAAAGUGGCCUCUGAUUGAUUUUAUGGUGCCCAGGCUGACCAAAGGUUCUGUAGACUUCUUUGUAUAACAUCACCAUUUCCAUAUAAUUCAACACAUAUUUUUUUUAAAUUAAUGGACAGCAGUGAUCUCAAACAUGAGGCAAGAAUAAACAUGUUCAUAGCACCAUGGAUUAAUCAAUGCAAGUAAAGAACCAACAAGAGCUGACUAAAACGGUAAUGGAUCAUCUCUACAUUCGACUUGCCUCUAAAGUAAGGCAUAUGGAAUGAUACACCGCAGAUCAGGCUUCCAUCAUCUUCAUCUUUGGGGGUAAGGUCUGAUUUUGUGUUUUUUAUUUUAUUUAACAAUAAAACACACAUUGGCCACGAA